GCCCCAUCUGUACUACUCUCCUAUCUCUUCCCCUUCUGACCGAGCUCGCCAAGGAGGAGGCCAAGCUCGCGGGCGUUGUGGCCGGCAGAGCUCCGCGCCGAGCCGCCGAGGAGCCAUGGCGAGGGGAGGACGGAGGACAGCGACAAGUGGCGGAGCUCAAAGUCUAGGCUGCGGCGAGGGAAUGAUGGCGCGCGGGCUCGGCGGCAGCCCCAGCCAGACCCCGGCGGCACAGGCUCGCGGCCUGGUCGACCAUGCGCGGGCGCGGCGGCGCCGGUCGGCUUGGCUCCGGCGGUGCCCCGGCGCGGGCACACGGCCCUAGCGCCAGCGGCGUGGACGCGCAGCCCCCACCGGCCUUGCGCGGGCGUGGCGGCGCGGCCCCAGUCGGCCUGGCUCCGGCGGCGCAGCGAACCGGCCUGGCGGCGUGGGCACGCAGCCCCGACCAGCCUUGCGCGGCGUGGCCUAGGCCCCAGCGAGCAUCUUUAGAUUUUUUUUUCUUACUUGUUCUAUGUAUUGAUUAUUAGAUUCGUUUGUGAUUGAUUUUGUGAAUUUGGAAUCAGAAUUGAUUUGCGGAUGAUUGCGGAUUUGGAAAAGCGGAUGCUGGAUGUAGUGAGGAUGAGCAGUCGGGUCGAAUACGAUGGGUGUGGCCUUGAUUUCGGCGUGGGCAAGCCGCGCGAGGAGGACGACGGCCGCCGCCGCCGCCGCGGCGUGGACGGCGACGCCGGUGUGGCGGUGUUGUCCAUGGAUUUUGCCCGCGAGAGAGCCAACAUGUUGUCACGACGGUGUGGAUGGAUCGUUCUGCAUCUCAGCUUGCUCGCGCGGGGUCAGGAGCCGUCAUCGUGGGUCGUGGCACGUGUGUGGCGUUCGCUCGGGGAACAACGACACACCGCCGACACCACCAGCGGCAGCGGCAGCUAGGAGAGUAAUAUCAGCUGCAGCAGCUAGUAGGUAAUAACUGCAAGUCACUUACAAUUUGGCCCCACUUCACAGAUUGACACCGUUAUUUCCAAAUCCGUUAAGAAGGGCAUACAAGUAAAAAAAAGUUUGCACAAGAGCAUACAGAUGGGAGCGAACUUUUUAGAGAUCACCAACUUUUGUAAGGGUAUGUUUCCAGACGAAGUGAUCCCCAGUUUCUCUGCCUUUUUUCCCCCGGCGUUGGCGCCAACUAAACAAAACACCAGGGCGGGAAAGCGAGCGGCAAUUUGGCGCCAAGCGCGCGGCAGCGCGCGCAAAGAUCUCGGGGGCCCCAAUUUCCUAUUCCUUCUCGUUUGCGCUUGCUUGCGUCUGCAUCCGUCUUUGGUGAAGCAGAGGCGUCGCCGAGCAGCGGCGGAGAUGGAGAUCCGCGUGCGGUGCGGGUGCGGCGAUUCGUCGUGCCCGGAGUGGGCCGUCGUGGAGCUGCAGGGCGUGGUGCAGCCGCAGGCAUCCUUCUCCGGCGACAUCCGGGGGCUCCACAUCGGCCGCCUCUGCUCCGCCCCCUCCCCAUCCUCUUCCAAGGGAGGGUACACCUUCACUGUGGGGUACCAUGAACUCGCCGGGACGAAGGUGACCCUGAAGAAGCCCCUGCUGGUGCUCAGGAAGAAGAAGGUGGGUGGUGGCGCUCCGGAUCAGGAGCCACCGAUGGCGGCGGAGGUGGAGCUGGAGGUGAUUGGCGUCAUCCGACACAAGAUCCUCUUCAAGGACCGCCCCAAGGCCCUCAUCUCAACCGCCGAGCAAGGAGAAGAAGGCCGUGCAGCAAGCAGCAAAUUGACGCCAAUUCUGGGAACGGCCAGCAGCAGCUUGAUGCAGCCGUGCCGGCGAUUUCGUGGACCUUGUUCUAGUCAUGUUCAGGCGAAAUUCGAUGCCGUGUUCUGUGUGGUUGGUUGAUGCAUUGUAUGUUUCUGCAUACAGUUUAAGGAUGUACCACCCUUGUACUGUUUCUGUCACUAGGAUAUUUCCAUAUCAGCCGCAGUACUGAAUCACGGCUGGCAAAUGUAAAACAUUUCAGUGUUCGUCUUGAAGCAAAUCAAGGGAAAGCUAACAUUUAUUGUCCAUUCCA